CAAAAUCAUAGUAGUCGGUUACAAAAAAUUCUGAACUCUCCGGAAAACAUUUCAAGAUCCGAUCAGUCGAGGCCCUACAAUCAAUGCCUUCACAUCAAAAAUAAACAUUGAUAUCGGUACAGAAUACGGUUAACCAAAAAUGGCUGACGAUAGAGCAGAUCAGGACGCGGGAAGGUCCGCGGCUCCAAGGGCCAACCAGAAGUCAAGGGUAUCGCAAUCGAAGCGCGCUGGUGUCGAGUUCCCCGUGGGCCGCAUCCGCCGUCAGCUCAGGAAGCGCUACGCAUCCCGCAUGCGGAUCGGAGCCCCUGCAGCCGUGCUCACCGCCGCCGUCCUGGAAUACCUGAACGCCGAGAUCCUGGAGUUGGCAGGCUACGUCGCGAGGGAUUUCAAGGUGAAGUGCAUCACGCCGCGCCACCUGCAGAUCGCCAUUCGCAGAGAUGCCGAGUUGGACAGCCUGGUCAGUGCCACCAUUGCCGGCGGCGGAGUGGUACCGCACAUACACAAGGCCCUGAUUGGCGAUAAGGAUGAAAAGGUGAAGGAUCCACAGCCACCAGGCGGAAGCACCCAGUCGCAGACUCACUAAGAACUAUUAAUUCCGAUUUUAAAAGAGACAUGCACCAUUCUGCACCAUUCAAGAAAGCUUGCACAUUAUGAAGAAAAACCCAAGCCGGAAGAAUUUACAAAAUGAGAAACGAACUUAACGAAGAGUUUAGCUUGUCUCCCAGUUACUUUGUUUGAAAUUGUUUGUUAAAUUGUUAAAAAAAAAAAUAAAAACAAAAUCCCAAAUAUUAGGAUAUGUAAAA